AUGGUGUUGAAUCUCAGCGGAAAUCAGCUGACGAGCGUGCCGGCGGAGAUCGGGCAGCUCACAUCGCUGGAGAGGUUGUGCCUCAACGACAAUCAGCUGACGAGCGUGCCGGCGGAGAUCGGGCGGCUCGCGUCGCUGACGGAGUUGUAUCUCGAAGACAAUCAGCUGACGAGUUUGCCGGCGGAGAUCGGGCAGCUCGCAUCGCUGGAGUGGUUGUGCCUCAUUGACAAUCAGCUGACGAGUGUGCCGGCGGAGAUCGGGCAGCUCGCAUCGCUGGACGGGUUGUACCUCGGCAAAAAUCAGCUGACGAGCGUGCCGGCGGAGAUCGGGCAGCUCACGUCGCUGGGGUUGUUGGGCCUUGACAACAAUCAACUGUCGAGCGUGCCGGCGGAGAUCGGGCGGCUCACUGCGCUGAAGGGGUUGGACCUCCAGAAAAAUCAGCUGACGAGCGUGCCGGCGGAGGUCGGGCAGCUCACGUCUCUGGAGGCGUUGCGCCUCCAACACAAUCGGCUGACGAGCGUUCCGGCAGAGAUUGGGCAGCUCGCGUCGCUUGAGAAGUUGUACGUCGCCGACAAUCAGCUGACGAGCAUGCCGGCGGAGAUCUGGCGGCUCACGUCGCUGAGGGAGUUGUAUCUCGAAGACAAUCGGCUGACGAGCUUGCCGGCGGAGAUUGGGCAGCUCGCGUUGCUGAAGGAGUUGUGGCUCAACGACAAUGAGCUGACAGGUUUGCCGGCGGAGAUCGGGCAGCUCACAUCACUGAGGGGAUUGUACCUCUACGGCAAUCAGCUGACGAGCGUGCCGGCGGAGAUCGGGCAGCUCAUGUCGCUGAGGGAGUUGUACCUCCAAGGCAAUCAGCUGACGAGUGUGCCGGCGGAGAUCGGGCAGCUCACGUCGCUGGACGUGUUGAACCUCAGCGGCAAUCAGCUGACGAGCGUGCCGGCGGAGAUCGGGCAGCUCACCUUUCUGGGGUGUUUGGAUCUCAGCUACAAUUAUCUGACGAGCUUGCCGGCGGAGAUCGGGCAGCUCAUGUCGCUUCGGCUGUUGGACCUCGACGACAAUCGGCUGGCGAGCGUGCCGGCGGAGAUCGGGCAGCUCAGAUCGCUGAGGGAGUUGUUCCUCAACGGUAAUCUGCUGACGAGCGUGCCGGCGGAGAUCGGGCAGCUCACGGUGAGGGAGUUGUACCUUGAAAACAAUCAGCUGACAAGCGUGCCGGCGGAGGUCGGGCAGCUCGCGGCGCUGGAGCAGUUGAAUCUCAGCCGCAACAAGCUGACGAGCGUGCCAGCUGAGAUCGGGCUGCUCACGUCGCUGAGAUGGUUGUUGCUCAACGGCAAUCAGCUGACGAGCGUGCCGGGGGAGAUCGGGCAGCUCACGUCGUUGAGGCUUUUGUUCCUCUCCUCUGGCGAGCCUGCUGCGAUACGCAAGCUCAGAGAGGCGGGUUGCAAAGUGGUGAUGGUGGACGAUUGA